AGCGACCCGCAAGAAUUAAACAAACAGCUGAUUCUAGUUGGUUAUUGCGUUGAUUUGAAAAUGGAUUCACYGUCUACCAUCAACCAAGAAGGCUGCUUCAGCAAGCACAAUGAAUCGGGCCAUAAAAUUGAUGGAGAAGAAUUUAAGGAGGACAAUGAAAAGAUGUGGCCAAAAGAGUGCAUGUUCACUAAAGAAGGCAAGAAUAGAGCUAAUGACAGAGUCAAACAGACAUUGGACAUGGUUGAAAAAAUUCUUUGUCUUGAGAACAUUAGUGAGUGCACAAACCACAUGCUAGAGAAGUCUUCAGAUGGUUACAUUACCAGCCUUGGUCUAUAUGAAAGAGGCAUUAACAAAMCAAAGCUCAUACACAACACAAAUGAGAUGGUGAAGAAGACUGAUAUGGAAGACUACGAYGAGUCRUGUGAUGCUUACUUGAAACACUUUUAUGUCACAUUCAGURCAGAWGGGCAACAAGYCAKUMGAAUUCCAUUUUUUGAGGGAGAAACAUUUUUUGAUGCCCUGUACAAUAAUACAAGAUUUGAUCAAGMACAAGAUGGAAAMCCYAGAAUAUGCAAAUGCCAUUURAAGAACAAGGARGGCCAACUCAUCUCACUGAGMAAUGAAGCUAUUCCAGGAUUUUUUGAGUUAGUAUCCUCUGACAAGGAACCAUUCCAUACAAAGGAGUUUUCACUAGAUUUCAAACACCAUAUUUUGGUGACAGACAUGAAAGAUCUAAUUGAUAAUGAAAGCAGGUGUGUUGGGGCUGUCAUAGCAGUUCGUUACGAUCAUAGCAAAAAGCCUGUUCAACACCAUUUUGAAGGAACAUGCUUCAGGAUUGGCAAAGGAUAUAUAAUGACAAAUGCACAUGUUUUGAAUAACAUAGAGAAGCAUGGCUUUAGCUGGAAAGAUACAGUAGUUAGUUUUAACUACACAGGUUUUGGAGGUCAAACUUACCAUGUUGAUGCAAGUGCUAACUACCUGAAAGUAGAGGCAUUGGACUAUGCAAUCCUAAAACUACAAGGGUCUGAAGAAAGCCUGCCACCCAGUGUCACUGACUUUGGGUACCAGAUAGCACUCCCUGGCUACACUAUUGAAGAACCAAUCACUCUGAUUGGUCACCCUGGUGGACAUCCAAAGUCCAUCGAACCUUCAUGUCCAUUAAACAGUGCAGCACCAAAUCCAAAUUUUUAUAGUGGUCCCAACAGUCUCUACAUAAGGCAACAACAUGCAGCUCAUUAUAAUGUGAGUACGUUCUUUGAGGGAUCUUCAGGUUCACCUGGAUUCUUGGUGCAUGCUAAAAAAAUAGUUGUAAUGCACAGCCAAGGUCAUAAUAAAGGAACAUUUUUCAGCUAUGAGGAAGGAGUCUUGAUGUCUUCAAUUGUUAAAGAUGUUGAAGCAAAAAUCAGUGGAAAUGUCACUCUAGGAGACAUAUUUGGAGAGGAAACUGCCACAGCUUUUAAGCAUGAAAUGCCAAUGGACAUAGACAAUUAGAUGCCUAACAAAGGGCCUUUAAAUGUAACCUUAUCUGUCUUGGAUUUUGAAAUGAAAAAUUGAAACCUUACAAGGCUACAUUUGUCAAAACCCUGAAACCUUACAAUAGAAUUAAGCUGUAUUGCCAACAACUGAUGUAGACAGUAGCUGGUUUUUUGCUUGUAGCUGGUCUAGAAGUAAGGUGUCUUCUUUCCUCAAUUAGUCUUGGUGCACACCCUGGGCAAGUGUUAGCACACUCCCAGCCUCCCUAGCUGAGCUACAUCGGCUAUCUGAUAUCAUGCAGUCGAUACAUUAAAUAUCUUCAUUUGCAUCUUUUUGGGAAAGUAGUUCUAAGUUUAAAGAUAUCAUUAAUUUAUCAUUGCAUCAGAUGUACUUCUGAUUGCAUUUACAAAUUUUCAGAAUUAUAAUUUUAGAAAUUGUUUUAUUAAGUUAGAUUAUGAGAAUGUAAUAUAUUGUACUAUCAUAAUUGAUUAGGAGAUUUCAAGAUAAACACAUGACUAUUUUUAUU